CCCACUUCGUGUACUGAACCUUCACCAGGAGCUUACUCCGCAUUUUCCAGCCUCAAGGCAGCUCACAUGUACAUGAUCAACUCAAACUGCGCUGAUCCGUAGCUCUACUGCGGUGAAACGGAAGCUGGGGUAUUAGGGCGCAACAAUGUCGAGAAUGAGGAUCCCAUGUUUCUGAAAUCCCAUACAGUAUGCCCCGAGAACACGUCCUACGCCAACAACUCACACGCGAAGAUGAAUCAUGGUACUUCAAUGUCGCCCGGGACGUCUUACAGACGCCUCCGCCGAAAACCAACCCAAGGACAAACGAAAAGACUUUAUUUGGGAAAUGCAUUCGUUUUACGGUCGAAAAGAUGGUUUUACAAAUCCAAGCUUUCCCUUACAAUCGUAUCUUGCAUACGGAUGACCCUUCCAAGUUCAUAAUGUGCUCGUUUGGCGAUCUACGGUUUCCAGAUACCCCGUUGAGGACUACAGCGGAGUAUAUCAUGAAGGUCUUCAAGCAAGGCGUGUGGUUGAAUGGAGUACAGUAUCGUUUCUACGGGCAUAGUAACAGCCAGCUGCGCUCACGAAGUUGUUUUCUGCGCGAAGCCAACGAGGACGAGGAACUCGACGAAAGGAUAUACCAGCUCGGUGAUUUUGGGAAGAUCAUGAACGUCGCGAAACGUGCCAAACGAAUUGGCCUACUCUUUUCCGAAGCCCAGAUUGACUUCCAGCUUGACCCCCGCUAUGUUGCAGAUAUCCCUGACAUCAAGUCUGGCGAUGAACUUUUCUCUGACGGUUGCGGUCUCAUGUCGAAACGGCUCGCUGUUCAGGUCAGCAAGCAGAAGAAAAUCAUAUUUCGCAGUGUUAGAUACACGCCUUGUGUUUUCCAAAUCCGGUACCUUGGCUACAAAGGCGUUCUAAUGCUUCACCCUGCUCUUGACGCUGCGAAACCGCUUCACCUCGCCGAAUUCCGGAAGAGUAUGAAGAAGUUCACAACAACGAAGAACACGACGUUUUCGGUCGUGGAUUACUCCAAGCCUUACGUGUGUGGGAGGCUCAACAACGACAUCAUCGUCUUACUCUCCAGUCUCGGUAUCACCAACGAAAAUUUGAUUAAAAAGCAACAAGAGUACCAUACUUGGAUUACGGAAGCCCCUACCGAUCCUAUAAAAGCCUUCACGUUCCUCUCCUCGAUGGAGGAGUAUCAGCUGGCAGAGAAAGUCCUGUUAGACGGGUUGGACGAUCCUACGGUUCAAAGAGGGAUCAAGAGCAGGCAGGAUAGGGAGGUUGCGAGUUUCAAAGGAGAGAAGAAUAACAAGAAUCGGUCGAGGAUGAUCAUUCAGAAGUCGCGAUUGUUGUUUGGGGUUUGUGAUCCAUUCGGGGUGUUGAAAGAGGGAGAGGUACAUAUACGGAUCACAACUGCAAGGGCGGGGCCUUCAACGCCGAUACAUGGGGACGUGUUGGUAGUCAGGAAUCCAUGUUUGCAUCCUGGAGACUGUCUCAAGCUACGAGCCGCUCAUUACAAGGAACUGUCACACUUGACCGACUGUAUCGUGUUCGCGUCUGUUGCAAAACCGGGAAGACAUGCUGCGCCUUCGAUGAGCAGCGGUGGUGAUUUGGAUGGCGACAAGUAUUUCGUAUGCUGGGAUCCAGAUCUCGUACCUUCAGUCGUGGCCGAGUCAUACGAUUAUCCCCCAAAUAAAGAACGUGCCAGCAAAGCAGUUUCCCGCAUGGACAUGGCCAAUCAUUUUGCUUCAUAUAACAACGCUGGACUCGCUCGUGUAGCCACUCUUCACGCAAGAUGGGUCGCUUCCAGCCCCAAGGGUGCUCUAUGCUCCGAAUGUCAAGAGCUCAACGCUCUACAUUCACAAGCUGUCGACGGGGCCUCCGUUAAAAUUCCCGAAAAACUAGCUUCUCCACCUCCACGUCCUAAAGACUCCGAACCCUUCAUCCUCGACGCCCUCGCAGAACACGCCAAAGCCUUCGCCGAACACUUCACAGAAUCCCGUGCAGCUCUCGCUUCAUCCUCCUUCACGAACAACAACGACAUGACCCAAGACGACAGAGAACGUCUCCUCCUCAACCUCCUCCAAAGCGAGAAGCUAACAAACAUAUCUGAAUACCAGUUGUUUACACUUGCUUGGAGGUUCACUCGGAAAUACCCCGAGAUCUCUCUCAAGAACUACUUGAGCCAUUUUGAUUUUGGCGCUUUUACGACAGAGCAGAAACAUACGAUCGUUGGACUUUUGGGUUUGGAUUUGUCGAGGUAUCCGUUCGUGUGGAAUUCGUUGGUUAGGAGUGAUAUUCUUGGGUAUAGGGAUUUAUAUCAAAGGGAUUUGAAUCGGCCGUUUUCGUUGCAGAAGUUGUAUUCGUCAAAGGUGGAUGGGAUGGCUACGUUUUUUGAGUAUCUGAGGAUGGCGACGCAGGAGUAUACGAGGAAGGUUUUGAUCUUGAAGACUGAUGACAGAUUCUCAAUCGCGAUUUUCAUGAGGGGAGACAUCCCAUGGGAUGAAGAUCCAGUUGUGGGGAAUAACGUCGUCGUUUGCUCUUUCCUCCCACAAACAAGCGAUAACUUUGCAACCUUGCGUCCGUGCACGGUUGAUUAUAGACUCCGUUGUGGUGAUGGAGUUUUCCAGUUGUACGACAAGGUGAUGAACAACAGCUUUGUCUUUCUGGUGAAACCGCCCAGACAAUCGGGUGCAGAGGUCGCGGCUAGUAUCGCGUUGCAAAAGUUUUCUACGAGGUUGCAGAAACAGCUGGGUCGGUUGCAUCGUCAGCCGGUGAUUGGGAUUGAGAUACAUGUUGUGUCUAACCGGGACCGGAUAUCACAUCAGUUGUUUGAUUUGUGGUUUGAACACGUCCCUACGGAGCGCCAAGUAAGACGCUUUGAGCGUGAAAUCACGUCGUAUACUAUCAAUGACCUGUCUCAAGUCAACUGGGAGGAUUAUCCUCCAUGGACAAAGGACCUUUUCGUCCCGAAACAAACGCAACAAAGAUUCGUAGCCCGUAUAACCGACAAGACACCAGACGACCUUGAUAGAUGUAUGGAUCUCAGUCUCGCUUACCACGCCGAAGAUGAACUAUACUGGAUUUUCACUCACAUGGUAUCCCGACCAGAACCAUUACAACGGGAAUGGAUCAUGAACUGGAUGGACGCCUACCCUCCCCUUGCCUUUGUCCUACUCAAGAUACACCCCCCAGACGAAGAGACAAAGUCUUUACCCCCCAUUACCCGGCCGUUCCGCCAAAAGAUCUUACAAAACAUCAUCCGAUCCGCGAAUCACCUCACUAUAGCAUCCUUGGUUGCUCUUGAAAAACUGGCCGGUUCUAUCGCUGAGAUCCCGGUGAAAGACUACUUCGACCUUCUCUGGUUGGUAGCACUGUCCGUUCGAGCGCCGGAGCUCGUACAAGAGGUCCUCUUGGUCCUCAACGAUUGCAGAGCCACUGGUGCGGGUGCCGAUACUAAUACUCCCUCUACCAUUCCGACACAUCCACCCGCCUUACGCUACGGCCACCUCCACGCUCUAGGAAUCGCCACAGACCGAGCAGAAGAAGCAGCAGACGAAUGUCCAUGUGACGAAUCCGGGAAACCUCGUAAACAAAGGUCACCACCUGUUCAAGCAAAACUCGAACGAGAUCUUGAUCAUUCUCUUUGGGUGAAAGCUGCGAUACGUGUAGAUUCGAGAACGAGUGUUAGGUUACAUUCGCAUGUGAGGUUACAGGCUGCUUCGAAGCCUGAGAAUCGAUGGGUACCGGCGAUUGUGUUGGAUGGUGUGGUGGUUAUGGCUCAGAGGGGUGAGAUGAAGAUUGAGCUGAUUCAUCCGCCUCCGCCUGAGAUUGAUGCUCUGCCGUCUGUGGAAGGAGAAGAAGGGGUGGGGGCAGGGGAGGAGAUAUCUCCACCGAGUCGAUUGGUGGAUUGGAAUAUGUAUGAUGCUGGGAGCACAGCUACAUCUCGAGCGAUGCUUGAUGCUCUCACACGGCUUAUGAAAGACAAGACUGAAUGUUGCGGCUUUUACGAUAUCAUCACCGGUUCCCAGAACUCUGAAGCGGAAGCGACACCGACAAGCUUCCCACCCAUUCUUGAGGACGAUGAACAUAUUGCAGGAUUGAACGACAGUCAAGAAACUGCUAUCCGUUCGUGUAGGGGUCCGUUAUCGUUAAUCUGGGGGCCGCCAGGAACAGGGAAAACCACAGUUAUCGUUCAGAUUCUCCGAGGUUUAGUGAAGACGAAAGAUGAGACAGCAAGGAUUUUGAUGACGGCUUCUACGCAUAAUGCUGUCGAUAAUGUGUUGGAACGCUUUGUGGAGAUGAACAAGCGUUUUGAAAUCCUUGGUGAAGAGCAAAUCCUCCGCGUUGCUACGGACAUUUCGAAAGUGAAUAAGGACCUUCAGAGUUUUACGAUUGACGCGAGGGUAGGAGGAGAUAUGAAUGAGAAUAAUAAGCUUUAUAAGAAGGCAAAGGAGAGGCUGGAUGCUGCAGUCGUUGUUUUUACUACUUGUGCUGGUGCCGGCUUGGGAAUUCUGAGAAAGGCAGACUUCGAGAUUGCGUUGAUCGAUGAGGCGUCGCAGAUUAACGAACCUACUGCUUUGAUACCGCUCGUGAAAGGUGUUCGGCGUGCGAUUUUGGUUGGGGACCAUGUGCAACUGAGACCAACUGUGAAGCCGUUGGGGAAAAUACUGCAGUUCGACGUUUCGUUGUUGGAACGGCUGUAUACAAUUGACGAAGAGGUUCCGGGGUUGAAUAAGGCGAUGUUGGAUAUCCAAUAUCGAUUCCCGCAAGAGCUAGCAUUGUUUCCCUCGAACGAGUUUUAUCAAGGCCGGUUACGCUCGGGUAUACAGGAUAGCGAAAGUGUACUUGGGAUUCUCAGGCGAUCCAAGUUUCCCUGGCCAGUUAACGAGCAGGGCAUUGUCGUGCCAACGGUAUUCUUGGAAUGCGCUAGUGAAGAGGAUAUGGGUGGACGGUCGAAGAGUAAUGUUGGGCAGGUCGAUGUGAUUGAGAAAGUGAUAAAACUUUUGACUACCGAGAAGGAAAUCGAGGCUGGUGGGCAGGAGGAGACAACACCUGCGUUGGGCGACCUCAAAAUCACCGUCUUAUCGCCUUACACCAAGCAAGUGAAGGAACUUCAUCAACGUCUUCCCGCCUCUAUCUCAACGUCUACUAUCGAUUCCUUCCAAGGUCGAGAAAGCGACAUCAUCAUAUUUUCGUCUGUGCGAUGUAACGCAGAAGGAGAUAUUGGAUUUGUGGAUGAUGGCAGGAGGUUGAAUGUCAUGUGGACAAGGGCCAAGAAGGGAUUGAUUCUUGUCGGUCAUAGGACGACUAUGGAGCAUAACCAGAUGUGGAAGAGGGCUAUUGGGUCAUGUAGGGAGGUCAAUCUGCCUGAGGAGGCCGUUGCUUGACCGCCAAUUUCUGGAUUUGUACCAAGGGCGAGAGGGUUUUCCUAGACUCAAUUAUUUAUGAGCGGAGAUAUCCCGAUCUAGUUGUGGGGAAUAACGUUGUCGUUUGCUCUCUCCUCCCACAGACGAACGAUUACUUCUCAACCUUGUGUCCGUACAUGAUUGAUUAUAGAUCGCGUUGCGACCUAGAGGUUGCAGAAAUUCAGUCGUUGCAAUUGUCAGCCGGUGGUUGGGAUCGGAUGUUGAUUAAAUGUUGGGCAUACUGUAUAAAUUUUCAGAAGCACG